CGUAUUUCUCGAUUGGAGGUGGCCUUGGCCGACGUCAAGAAGCAGCUUCAGGACGAAAUGCUGCAGCGAGUGGAUGUGGAGAACAGGAUGCAGACCCUGAAAGAGGAGCUGGACUUCCAGAAGAACAUCUACAGCGAGGAGCUCCGCGAGACCAAACGUCGCCACGAGACGCGCCUGGUGGAGAUCGACAGCGGGCAGCAGCAUGAUUUCGAGAGCAGGCUGGCCGAUGCGCUGCAGGACCUCCGCGGCCAGCACGAAGCCCAGGUCAAUCUCUACAAGGACGAGCUGAAGAAGACCUACAUGGCCAAGCUGGAAAACGCCAAGCAGUCGGCCGAGAGGAACAGCAGCAUGGCAGGGGCGGCUCACGAGGAGCUUCAGCAGACCCGGAUUCGCAUCGACAGCUUGUCCGCCCAGCUCAGCCAGCUGCAGAAGCAGCUGGCGGCCAAGGAGGCGAAGGUGCGGGACCUGGAAGACAUUCUGGCACGGGAGCACGAGACCAGCCGCCGCAUCCUGGCAGAUAAGGAGCGGGAGAUGGCCGAGAUGCGGGCCCGCAUGCAGCAGCAGCUGGACGAGUACCAAGAGCUGCUUGACAUCAAAUUGGCCUUGGAUAUGGAGAUCAACGCCUAUCGAAAAUUGCUGGAGGGCGAGGAGGAGAGGUUGCGCCUCUCCCCCAGCCCCUCCUCCCAGAAGAGCGGCUCGCACAUCCGUGUCACUUCUUCCGCCCAAAGCUCCACCAAGAAAAGGAAGCUGGCGGACAGCGAGAGCCACACCAGUUUCUCCCAGCAUGCCCGGACCAGAGGCCGCGUGGUCGUGGAGGAGGUGGACCUGGAGGGCAAGUUUGUCCGGCUGAGGAACAAGUCCAACGAGGACCAGCCCCUGGGAAACUGGCAGAUCAAGCGCCAGAAUGGAGAAGACGCGCCCAUUUGCUACAGGUUCCCUCCCAAAUUCACCUUGAAGGCCGGCCAGCUGGUUACGAUCUGGGCUGCUGGCGCGGGGGUGUCCCAUAACCCCCCCACGGACAUGGUGUGGAAGAACCAGAGCUCAUGGGGCUCCGGCGACAGCUUGCGCACCGCCCUCCUCACCUCCAGCGGGGAGGAGGUGGCCAUGCGGAAGCUGGUGCGCUCAGUUACUGAGAAUGACGGUGAUAAAAAGGAGGAUGAGGAUGGCAGCAGCCACGGCCAACAUCACCAUAGCUGCGGCAGCGGAGAUCCGGGCGAGUACAACCUGCGUUCCCGUUCGGUGGUGUGUGGCACAUGUGGGCGGCCAGCAGAGAAGUCAUCCGGGGGCACGAAUGUGUCUACCACCUCCUCUUCCUCCAGCCUGACCGUCACGCACGGCUACCGCAGUGGGGGCACCAGCCUCGGGGAGAGCCUCCUGCCCCAUUCCUACAUCCUGGGCAACUCUAGCCCACGCCACCAGGAACCAUCAAAUUGUAGCCUCAUGUAGUUGUCCGAUGUUUCCUGCUUGAAGUCCCUCUCCUUUUGAUGUUAUAAAAUUUUCUAUAAACACCUUUGCAUAUCUA